AUUGUGGGAAUUCGGGCCCGCUAGUGUCGUGGUUGGAGGCGAGGUGGGGCGGCCGUUUGUUUUCUCGUGGUCUCGAGCUCGCGCGCUCUCAUCCCCUCCCCCGCGGCGUGCGGCGGGGCGGAGAAACGGCGGCGGCGGCAUCGGCGGCAUCGGCAGCAGUAGCAGAGGCUGUAGCAUCGGACACCCUCCUCUCUCCCGCAAACCGGUUCCUCUUCCCCCUCCUUCUCACUGUUUGUUGUGUGUUUGAUGUGUUAAAGCAGGAGCGAGAACCCGAGCAGCGCCAUGAGCAACACUACCGUCGUCCCCAGCACUGCAGGUCCGGGCCCCAGCGGCGGGCCCGGUGGCGGAGGUGGUGGCGGCGGAGGCGGCGGCACCGAGGUAAUCCAGGUGACUAAUGUCUCCCCGAGCGCUAGCUCUGAGCAGAUGCGGACUCUCUUCGGUUUCCUAGGCAAGAUCGACGAACUGCGCCUCUUCCCGCCGGAUGAUUCGCCUUUGCCAGUCUCAUCUCGUGUCUGCUUUGUUAAGUUCCAUGAUCCAGACUCAGCAGUUGUGGCACAGCAUCUGACAAACACUGUAUUCGUUGACAGAGCUUUGAUAGUCGUACCAUAUGCAGAAGGAGUUAUUCCUGAUGAAGCUAAAGCUUUGUCUCUGUUGGCACCAGCUAAUGCAGUGGCAGGUCUUCUGCCUGGUGGUGGACUCCUGCCUACUCCUAACCCACUUACCCAGAUUGGCGCUGUUCCACUGGCUGCUUUGGGGGCUCCUACUCUUGAUCCUGCCCUUGCUGCACUUGGGCUUCCUGGAGCAAACUUGAACUCUCAGUCUCUUGCUGCAGAUCAGUUGCUGAAGCUUAUGAGUACUGUUGAUCCCAAGUUGAAUCAUGUAGCUGCUGGUCUCGUUUCACCAAGUCUGAAAUCGGAUACCUCUAGUAAAGAAAUAGAGGAAGCUAUGAAAAGAGUACGAGAAGCACAGUCCCUAAUUUCUGCUGCUAUAGAACCAGAUAAGAAAGAAGAAAAAAGAAGGCAUUCAAGAUCAAGAUCACGUUCUAGGAGGAGGAGGACUCCCUCAUCUUCUAGACACAGACGGUCAAGAAGCAGAUCGAGACGGCGGUCACAUUCUAAGUCUAGGAGUCGGCGACGAUCCAAAAGCCCAAGGCGGAGAAGAUCUCAUUCCAGAGAAAGAGGUAGAAGGUCAAGGAGCACAUCAAAAACAAGAGAUAAAAAGAAAGAAGACAAAGAAAAGAAACGUUCUAAAACACCACCAAAAAGUUACAGCACAGCCAGACGUUCUAGAAGUGCAAGCAGAGAGAGACGACGACGAAGAAGCAGGAGUGGCACAAGAUCUCCUAAAAAGCCUCGGUCUCCUAAAAGAAAAUUGUCUCGCUCACCAUCCCCUAGGAGACAUAAAAAGGAGAAGAAGAAAGAUAAAGACAAAGAAAGAAGUAGGGAUGAAAGAGAACGAUCAACAAGCAAGAAGAAGAAGAGUAAAGAUAAGGAAAAGGACCGGGAAAGAAAAUCAGAGAGUGAUAAAGAUGUAAAACAGGUUACACGGGAUUAUGAUGAAGAGGAACAGGGGUAUGACAGUGAGAAAGAGAAAAAAGAAGAGAAGAAACCAAUAGAAACAGGUUCCCCUAAAACAAAGGAAUGUUCUGUGGAAAAGGGAACUGGUGAUUCACUAAGAGAAUCCAAAGUGAAUGGGGAUGAUCAUCAUGAAGAAGACAUGGAUAUGAGUGACUGAAUAUUGCUUCUGAGGGAAUCCAACUGUAUACCUGCAUCAGUGUCAUUCCUUUGUGUGAUUUGUUAAUGCUGUAUUUGUUCAUCUCAAACCUAGAUGUAUACAGCUCUGAGUUAUAAAUGGUUAUAAAGCUCCUGUUACUGAUAUUAGUUAUUUACAUCAAAAAGCUUUUAGAAAAUGGUACGAGGUAACCAAUUCUUGUCAUGGUGAAAUCUGAUUGAGUAACCAAGCAGUUUUACUAUUCUGGUGCUGCUUCAUAACAAAAAUGAAAAGCUGCAUGCAUCUACAGCAGGCAUGGAUUGUUUAUGUCGUAUGAUAUCCUUUAUUAAGUAAGUUCACUUAUAGUAUUUCUAUAAUUUGAUUCAUUGCCGUAAUAGAGCCAUGUAGGAAAUGCACUGAUUGCAUGUUAUUGUGGCAAGAAUAUCCUAAAUGUCAUUAAAAUCCUCCAACAUGAUGGAUCUACUUAUGGUCUUGUUUGUUGACAUGACAAAUUAACAUUCUUAUAGUUACAUCUGGAAAUGAGCAUUUGAAAUAGAUAAUCCUUUAAGCCUUGUGGCAAAAUUUUUGUGGCUUUUGUUUAACUUUGAAAGGUUAUUAUGCACUAACCUUUUUUGGUGGCUAAUUAGGGUUUAAAUACAGAAACAAGAUUUCAAAUAAAACUGUCUUUGGCAGUGAGUAAAUAGCAUAUUUUGAAGUAGAGUUGUAUACUUUUUCAUAAGAUGUUUGGGAAUUUUUUUCAUGAAGUAAUAAUUUAUUCCACAUCUACAUCAGUGAAAGCUAUCUACCUAUCCUGAGUCUAUCUUAAAGGAAAAAAAGAAGAAAAAAAAAAAACCUUAUCUCUUGCCCUUAUUUUGAAUUUUCCACUCUUUCAUUAAUUUGUUUUAAGCUCCGUGUUGGAAAAAAGGGGUAGUGCAUUUUAAAUUGACCUUCAUAUGCUUUUAAAAUAAGACAAAUCUACUUGAUAAUGUACCUUUAUUUGAUCUCAAGUUGUAUAAAACCAAUAAAUUUGUGUUACUGCAGUAGUAAUCUUAUGCACACGGUGAUUUCAUGUUAUAUAUGCAAAGUAGGCAACUGUUUUCUUAGUUACAGAAGUUUCAAGCUUCACUUUUGUGCAGUAGAAACAAAAGUAGGCUACAGUCUGUGCCAUGUUGAUGUACAGUUUCUGAAAUUGUUUUACAAGACUUUGAUAAUAAAACCCUUAAACUUA